AUGCCUCUAGUCAAACAGGAGGAACAGGCUGACGAUCAGUCUUCUGAAGCCCACGCCGUCUCAGGUGUCGUUCUCGACUCUGCCCCUGUACGUGUCAAGACUGAGCUGGCCGUGGCGGAACCUACCAAGACAGCCAGCUCGCAGGUGACUUUCUCUCACCUCCAGCAAGCAAUCACCCAGGAGUCCGCCACAGUCCUUGGUCAUCACAAAUCUACUGGACCUGGCAUACUCCGGAGCAUUUCUCAAGUGCUGGACUCGAUUAAGCCCGGCAUCGAUAUCGAUCGCUGGUCACAAUCUGUCAAAGACCUCAUUCAGCAAGCCAAGACUCCCGUGACAACGAUCGGUGUCGUUGGUGGUACGGGCCAGGGCAAAAGCUCAGUCAUCAAUGCCCUCGCGGACGAGACCAAACUAGUGCCAACGAACUGUGUCCGGGCUUGUACUGCAGUCAUAACCGAACUCUCUUGGAAUCCUUCCGAGGACCCUGAUCAUCGCUACGUUGCGGAGGUAGAGUUCAUCACGGCGGACGAGUGGCAGUAUGAGCUGAAGCACCUCUUUCAAGACCUCAUGGGUGCUACGGGUGAAGUCUCUGACGAGGGAAGUAACAGGGAUGCCGAUGUUGGUGUCGCGUGGGCCAAGAUCAAAGCUGUCUAUCCCCAACUCACCAAAGUCUCGUUGGCUAACACCAACGUGGAGAGCCUAGCCAACGAUCCCGCGGUGAAGUCUCUCCUCGGUACCACGAAAUCUGAGCAUAGCCCGACAAUCGAUGACUUCUACCAGGCGAUCCGAGUCUACAUCGAUAGCAAGGAGAAGCUGGUAGUAUCAGAUACCGCGGAUGGCGAAGAUGAAGGUAAACAUCGGCACAUGGAACUCUGGCCCCUCAUCAAGGUUGUUCGCAUUCGUACUAAAUGCGAUGCGCUGUCAACCGGUGCAAUAAUUGUUGAUCUGCCCAGUGUCGAAGACUCCAACGCAGCCCGAUCAGCAGUUGCCGGCAAGUAUGUGGAGAGAUGCAAUGCAAUCUGGAUUGUGACUAGCAUCACCCGCGCGGUUGAUGAUAAGACGGCGCAAAAGCUGCUUGGGCAGUCUUUCAAGCAGCAGCUAAGAUUUGACGGCAAUAGCUCGAACAUUACCUUCAUUUGCUCCAAGACGGACAACAUUCUGCGAGCAGAGCUCAAGAAAUGGGAGUCAACACAGGAAGCAGAGCUUGAGAACGACAAGAAGCGUACCGGAUCUCUUUCCGCCUAUGUGACGGAGCUCGACAAACGCCUCCGGCAAUGGGAAAGCCUCGCGGGACGUCAAAGCACGGGAGUAGCUGUCUAUGCUCCGAAGGAGACCACCCGGAAGCGCAAAGCCACGGUCCAGGGUGCCCGAACCCGCAAACGACGUCGGACAGCAAACGAUGAGAUAUCUGAAGACGUAUCUGCCUAUGUCUCUGCUAACAACUACUGGGAUAAUUUGGAGAAAGACAUUCCCAAGUUCGGGGAUAAGCAAGGCCUUACUGGAGAGAACAUUCGAUGCAUGCUCGAAUUUCUCUGGUCUCAGAAGGCUACUGCAUCCGAAGAGAAGGAGCAGCUCGACGAGAAGAUCGAAGCUCGCCUCACAUCCCGGUGCAUUGCUGCUCGCAGUGAGUAUGCCAGAAAGUCUAUCCGUAGUGACUACGCGCUCGGAUUGAAAGAACUUGACCAGGAUAGCUCUCAAGGAGAGAACCCCGCUGCUUGCGAUCCGGAACAUGAAGUUCGGGAUUACAACCAAGUUGCGCGGUCAUUGCCCGUCUUCUGUGUCAGCAGCCGCGCAUACCAGGAAAAGUGCGGACGAUUGGAUACUGAGGAUCAGUUUGAGGGUUUCGAAACUCCAGAGACGACGGAGAUCCCGCAGCUGAUAGCCCACGCGAAGAAGUCAACCGAGGCUAGGUGUAUCAGCAACGACAAGGCAUUUCUGAAUGACCUGCUUCAGGUUCUGAACUCCCUCUUCAUAUGGUCCUCGAAGAGUGACUUCGAGAUCCCGCUCACCGACGAAGAGAAGAAAGACGAGAUGGCCAGCGUCAAGUUCGCGCUUGUAGGCCUGGAGAAGGAACUCAAAGCUGCUGUUAAUGAACUUGUACGGAAGUGCAAGAACAUCCUAUCGAAGCGAAUAUUCGACCUGUUCGAGUCAUCCGUCACCAAUGCUGCCAAAUGCGCCCCGUCUAUUGCACAGGAAUGGCCACGGGUACAGAAAGGUGGUAAUGGCUUACCUUGCGUUUCAUACAAGGCGGCUUGCCGUCGAGAGGGUGUUUACUCGGGCAAAAUGGGUCCUCGAGACUUCAAUGAAGAACCAUCCACGCCCCUGAAGAAGGGCCUUGGUGCCGCAUGGGAGCGCACAUUUUCGAAGAAAAUCCCGCAAGUCUUGAAAGAGUUCACCAAGGUUUCUGCGGUUCAGUUCCAAAAGCUCCAUGACCACAUGAAGGGCCGACUGGAAGCUAAAGUUACCUUCACCAGCCUGAACAUGCUUCAAGGCCAGGUGAAAGCACGCGCGCGUGAGGUUGACAAGAUGAUCAAUUCUUUCGGCGAUGAGAUUACAGCUGUCCAGCGCGAGGCAAGCCGGGAUUUCACUCCCGCGAUCAAGCAGAGAAUGACGAGAACAUACACCACGUGCGCCCAGGAUAAAGGCUCUGGCGUAUUCUUCCGCAUCCAGAAUGCCAUGAUGCAAGAAAUUAGGGAGCAGGGCAAGGGGAUCUUCAGUGCUGCCACUGACCCAGUCAAGAAGAAGCUGAUCGCCAUGUGCGACAAGCUGCAGUCCGACCUCGAGGCCCAGAUUGCGACCAUGCUAGACCGAAUGAACUCAGACUACGCCAAUCUGAUUCUUGGUCCAGACAUGACGGAUGGUUCUAGAGCCGGCAGAGAAGCAAUCUUGCAAAUCUUGAAAGCGGUCAAUGGCCAGUUCGAGCCUUCUCAGCUGGACGGUCUUGAGCUAUAG